AUGGAUUCAGUCUUAUCUGUCAUUGGAGCCCAUGUGGACUGGGAUGUCAAAAGUCUGCUGCUCUUCAUGGUAGUUUUCAUCCUCACUGCAGACUACAUUAAGAACCGUCAGCCGGCCAGCUACCCUCCAGGACCCUGGGCACUUCCUGUUGUGGGCAACAUAUUCUCUGUGGACCACAGCAGAACCCAUGAGAUUAUGACAAAGUUAGCAGCAAGAUAUGGAAAUGUGUACAGCCUACGAAUGGCCCAGAGACGGAUGGUGGUUUUAAACGGGUUCGAGGUUGUGAAAGAGGCUCUAGUAAAUCAGGGAGACAGUCUGGCUAAGCGCCCAGUGCUCCCUAUUCUGCAGGACAUUGGCCACGGACUAGGUGUGAUUUUCAGUAAUGGCAACAUAUGGAAGCAGCAGAGGCGUUUUGCACUUUCAACACUCAAAUAUUUUGGAUUUGGCAAGAAGUCACUUGAACCUAUCAUCUUGGAAGAAUUUACACAUUGUGCAAAACACUUCAGUAGCUUUGAAGGCAAACCAUUCAAUCCACACCUCAUCAUCAACAACGUUGUCUCCAACAUCAUCUGCUCCCUGGUUUUUGGUCAUCGCUUUGAGUACAGUGACGAGAGGUUCAUGAAACUGAUGAAGUGGUUUCAGUUAGGUCUCCAGAUUGAAGCCUCCGUUUGGGCACAGCUUUACAACUCAUUCCCUUGGCUGAUGAGAUAUUUGCCAGGGCCACAUCACACAGUACAGCGCAUCUGGAACAAUACAAAGGACUUCAUAAGAGUAGAGAUUAAGGAGCACAAACAAAAGUGGGAUCCCUCAGACCCAAGAGACUACAUCGACUGCUACCUGAAAGAGAUUCAGAUGACUCGGGGGCAGCCUGGCAAUACUUUUGAUGAGGAAAACCUGGUUAUGUGUGUCUGGGAUUUGUUUGUGGCUGGCUCCGAGACCACAUCCACCACCCUGCGCUGGUGUUUCCUCUAUAUGGCAAAGUACCCUGAGAUCCAGGCAAAGGUCCAAGCUGAGGUAGACCGUGUGAUUGGACAGUCCAGACAACCGUCCAUGGAUGACCGUGCCAACCUGCCCUACACUGAGGCUGUCAUCCACGAGAUCCAGAGGAUGGCCAACAUAGUUCCUCUCAGUCUGCCUCAUGCCACCAGCAGGGACAUCCAGCUGGGAGGCUACACAAUCCCAAAGGGAGUUAUAAUAAUUCCCAAUUUGACCUCGGUGCUGUUCGACAAGAAUGAGUGGGAGACGCCCUUUACCUUCAACCCGGGACACUUUCUGAACGAGGAGGGCAAGUUCGUGAAGCCAGCUGCUUUCGUCCCUUUCUCUGCUGGUAAGCGGCUGUGUCUCGGGGAGAACCUGGCCAGGAUGGAACUUUUCCUCUUCUUCACCUCCUUCAUGCAGCGCUUCACCUUCUCUAUGCCUGCUGGGGUGAAGCCUACGAUGAAGUACCACUUUGGCGUCACUCUGGCACCACAUCAAUAUGAAAUCUGUGCAGCCUUGCGCUGA